AUGGAACCCCUCCAUGACAUCGAUGUCCACAAGCUGCGCCAAGAGGCGGAAACCAUUGACAAGGCUAUUCACGCGCUGGAAGCCGAGCUGCUACGACUCAAAGCUCGACGCAAAGCCAUCGACGGCCAGCUCUCGACAAUUGUCUACCCAGUCCACACGCUUCCUGCCGAGGUUUUGUGCCGCAUUUUCCUGGCAGCGGUGCUCUCUGUCCGACCAGAGGAGGUCAACACCCUGCUGCUCAGCAUUACUGCGGUGUGCCAGCAAUGGCGCGGCGCUGCCAUCGCGGACCCACAUCUGUGGACACAAUCCUGCUACUAUUUGCCCAUUCCUCCACCCGGAGACCGUUUGUUUGGCUAUUUCUUGCAACGCGCCAAAGGGCUGCCAAUUGUGUUUUCCGUCGACGGACGCGGCGCCAUCUAUGCACUCUUUGAAUUCGUCUUCGCUUCUUGCCGACACUGGAGCGAAGCCAUUUUCUCUUGUCCCAAUCGAUUCCAUUUCAGACUCCACUUCGACUCCCCGGGCCGUCAGGAGAUGGCAUUGGACCUUCCAAACCUGAGCAAACUCACACCCAGUGAGAACUCGGUCAGCGCAAACGGGACGGAUUGA